CCAGUCUGUGAGCCGAGCAAGCGGAAGUGCUGAAGUAGCUGCGGGAUGAACUGCAGCCUGCCAGUUUUCUCCAUCCAAGAUAGAACUUUUGGAGAUGCUUCCCUGGGUCAAAGCUACAAGUGGCCAUCCCGAAGCCAGAGCUGGUGCAAUAAGACCCUGAGCCCAUCCAGAUCCCAGAGAUCCAGGCUCCCACAAGCUCCCAAAGCUCUAGCUACAGGUCCCAACUCCCUUGAGCUCUUUGAGGAGUCUUGGCCAUCCAGUUCAGGGACCCCUUCCCCACUCAGCACCACUGAGGAACACAUGGGGGCUUCCCCACCACCCACUCUGAUUGACAGCGGGGACUCUGUGGUGGCCAAGUAUAUAAACAGGUUCCGCCAGGCUCAGCCCACAAGCCGAGAAGAGCGCCAGCCUGCAGGCCCAAGCCCAGCUGACUUUUGGUGGCUGCGGUCUGAGUCUCCAGACCCCAGCAGUGAACUUGCAGCAGAAGCCAAGAAACGAGAAGGAAGACCCCACAAAGAAGUCCCAACUCCUGUGGCCAAUAAAUCCCAAGCUGUAGCUCCCCUUCAGGAAAUACAUCAGAACCUCAACACAUGGAACUCAUCCCUAGUGGACCUGGAGAUGCUGAGCCUUCAAAGCAGAGCUUCCAGGCUGCUCAAACGCAGCAAGGCCUCCGUGUCUUCCUCCUCAUCCCUCAGCCCCAGUGAUGCCAGCACUUCCUCAUUCCCCAUCAGCUCAGAUGGCCUCUCUCCCUCCUCCAUGAAUUUCACCCCUGAUCCCAGCAAGGGCUCUGGCCCCAGGGCACCUGCAGCCCCGGCCUCGGCUCCCACCCCUGCUUCAGCCCCUGCCUCCUCUCGGGCACCCCUUCAGCCUGAGGAUGACAUUCUAUAUCAAUGGCGGCAGCGGCGGAAGCUUGAACAGGCUCAAGGAGGCAAGGGUGAUGGAACCUGGGUGCUGUCCCGGACACCUACCUUCACCUCUCCUAUUUCUUCUACCCCUGUGGAGACUCUUGGUUCUUUGGGAACUCAGCCUAGCCGCAUACCACUGUGGGGCAGUGCAGUUCAGCCUGGUCCCCCAGAGGCCUUCCAUGUGGAGAGACCUCCUUUUCCCUCAGUGUCCUCUCCACACUUCUUCUGGGGCCCCAACCCCCACGGAUUCUUCUGGGCCCCACAGCCCAGUCCCUGGAUGUCUCUUGUGGCUGUUCCUCCCCCACAGCCUGCCUCUAACCUGGUGCCCCUGGCAGGCACCCCAGUACCCCUGGCCUCCACAGCUCCCUUGGCCUCCACACCAGUUCUGAUGCCCCCAACAGUUCCCCAAGCCUCCACUCCAGCUCCAAUGGCCUCCACCCCAGCUCCCUUCCCUGUGCUACCAGCCUCUACCCCGGCUCCCCUGGCCUCUACCCUCACACCCCCUGAUGCCCUCCAGGGUCCACCCACCCCUGAGCCAUGCAGUUCUGCCCAGCCCAAGAGACUGGGUCCCAAGCUUCGGAAGGACAGAGCCCAGAGCAAGGCUGCUGAGCGAAUGACCAUAGCUGGCGAGGAGCCUGGCCCACAGCUCAGGGGCGCUCUGGGCCAGGUAGUGACAGCUCGGCUGUUCCCUGACAGCCUGGAAGAUACACUCCCUCACCUGAAGGGCCCGCCUCUACCUAAGACUAAACCUCAGAAAGUCAAGGCCAUACACCCCCAAACCAAGAUUACUCCCCACUCAGAGGUCGUGCCACCUCUAUCUGAAUCGCGGUGUCAAUUUAUAGCCAAGGCUGUGUCACCCCCAACAGCGUCAGGGCUUUGGAAGAACAAAACCACUCCUGAAGCUGAGUAUCAGCUGCCGCAGGUCCCACCCGCUCCAACUGAGGAGCCACCCACAGCGGCUUUGACCACGCCCCCACUAACUGCUGGCCACACCCCCUCAGGAGACCUGCUAGCCCAGGCAGGCCGGCUUCUGGAGGCUGCUGAAGACUCUGAUGGCAGCGAGUUCCAGGAUGACCCUGUGCUGCAGAUGCUAAGAGCCCAAAGGGCAGAGCUGCGUGAGGAGAAAAGGAAAGUGGAUGCCCGAUUAUCCUUCCUGUUGAACCCUGUGGAAGACCCCGAAUCCUGGUCCCCUUCAGCCAGGUCACCACCUGGGUCUCCAAGGAGGCUGCUGUGAAGGGAAGGAAGCCUCCCUUGAAGCCAGAUGACUUUGAUUGCAUAAACUAUUUUGUCCCAUAAAACAUUUUUUUUUCCAGGUUACAGGUCAUCUCUGAGAAAAGAGUUGUUUUGGAAAGGCCAAGGGUCAUGCCAACUUAAGGAAUUCCUUCCCUUCAUCUUGUGGCUCUUUCCUGACCACUGAAGCAAAAUUUCUUUUCUGGUUUCAUCUUCCUUAGGGUGGGGAGGGAGUGGGCUUUCAGGCAAGCCUAGGGUGCAUUUUCUCAGAUUCCCAACUCAGGGGUCCUGUCUCAGAUGUGACCAAAGGGAGUGUCCUCUAGGAAUGAAGCUACUAGAAUCAUUAGUGUUGGACAAUGGUCAGUCUUCAGACCACAUCCUACUUGUGCCAGCAGUAGUAUUUGGUGCAACUGAUCAUUCCCUCUUUGAAAUGCUUUCUUCUGCUUCCAGAACACCUAUUCUUAUGUUUCUGGUCUUGCCUCUUCUUUGCCCCAGCAUGUCAGCUCUGGCCUGUCCCAGGGCCCUGGCUUUCACUUCUCUGUCU